AUGGAUUCUAAAGAUAAAACCGAUACAUUUAUUAUCAAUGCCUUAGUAUGUCCAAUAACACUUGAAUUAUUUAUCGAUCCAGUUGUUGCCGAUGAUGGUCAUACAUAUGAACGAACAGCUAUUAUUGAAUGGAUAAAAAAUCAUAAUGAAACAAGUCCUAUUACUCGUCAACCUAUUAAACUAAAAAGUUUACAAAGUAAUCGAAUUGCUAAACAGUUAGCUGAUCGAUAUCGUUCAUCAUCAACAUCACAUAUAGGAAAAGAUUUAGUUAUCUUUUCUGGUAAUGGUACAUUAUUAAAUAAAGAACAACAAAUACUUAUCAAUGAAUUAUUUCAAAAAGAAAAAAAAUGGUCAUUAAUAUAUAAAGCAACUCGAGAUGGUUUUGAAUCAAAUGAUUUUCAUCGACUUUGUAACAAUCGUGGUGCUACACUUACUUUAAUUAAAGCACGUAAUCGUUUAUCUAUGAAAAAACGUAAUUCAAUUUUUGGUGGUUAUACAACAAUACCAUGGUCAUCUCGAACUGUUCAUUAUCGUGAUCCGCAAGCUUUCUUAUUUCUUUUUGACCAUGAAAAACUGACACGUUUUAAUAUACGAACAAAUGAUGAAAUAGCCGUUUCACAUAGUGUUGCAUCCGGACCAAUAUUUGGCUAUGGUGAUAUUAAUAUUUGUCACCGACCAGACGUAAAUUAUUUUAGUUAUUCAAAAUUUCCAAAUUGUUAUCAAGAUAAUAAUGAAAAUGGUCGUGGAAAAAAAACAUUUUCGAAAACUAAACAUUUUCUAGUUUGUGAAAUAGAAAUCUAUAUGGUGAUUACAUAG